UAUGUGGCCAGCAUCUGUGGACUGGCAGCACUUGACACGAGUGCGAAUAAGGAGAUCGAGCCUCGCAUAUGCGACGGCUCCUUCGGGUCCUUCGGAUAGCAAUACUAGUAGAUCAGAUCAUUGCGUCUCUGAACCUUCGGUGGUUUGAAGGGUCGCCACAAAUCAAAAUCAUCAUGGAGCAUCAUUGAAAUGUCUUUGUCCUGUUGCACACGCGUGAAUCAAGAUCACGAUGGUCGCCCGGGUUCUCACGAUCCAGUAGCGUUGUUCUGUGCCAUGGUUCUCGUUUGUCCGUGCAGUGGCUGGAACGGAGUGAUGUUGAAAAUGCGGCGUGCUGAUUGGGCGGCGCGUUUGAAGAGCGGAGCUUCGCGUAAAGAUGCUGAUUUUGCUAACGCCGGGCUUAGGGCCUCGGCAAAUGUGAAAGGUAGUGGAUUGGAUUGGAUUGAGCUUGAAGGUCCCCGCUUAGGCAACGGGAACGGCGACACCGCGGCUGCGCGCUAUGAUGCUGGUACAAAGGAUGGGAUUCUGGUAAUAGGGUUUGGGGUGGACGUUUGCAGGAGGGGGCGGGCGGUCAACAAAGCAAAGAAAGAGAAAGCUCCAGGGGCGACAUGCCGAUUUUCUCACGGCGAUUACGAAAGUACCGUUGCGAUAGGCUGGCGCGUGCGCUUUCGGGUGCACUUGAGCAUUGAGGGGAUGGCGCCGCGUCAGGUUCAAUAGGUUGUAGUGGUGCAUGGUGAUGGGUUGGGAUUGGGGUUAGUGGGUGGCGGCGGCGCGUGGGGUCGACGGCGUGCUGGGCUUGGUAAGUUGCGAGACAUGAGGGACCAAGGAAGGAUGGGCGUG